UAUAUGAAAGCUUCAGAAAUCCCUCACCUUUCCGUACGGACACUCCUGGGAGACUCUUUGGCGCGUGUUGAGAGAAAUGUCUUGUCCGUAGUUCGUUCGGAAAUCGGUUGUUUUCAGUCAGAUUUUCGUUCGCACGUAACAUCUGGACAGGUUUUAUACUUGAACAGAAAGCGUUAAGCUGCUAAAAAUAAAGCGGUAGCGGUGAAGCUAUCGCUCGGGCGAGACUUGUAAACGUCGCGCGCGCACAGACGUCUCGUGCGAGGCGAGCGGCGCGUGAUGUCUCUGUCUCUCACACGAGCUGAGGAAUUUAAAUAUUAAAAAAAAAAAAAGCCUCAGGAUUAUUAACGGAAUCUAACGGAAUCUGUGUGGAAUUUUCCAGAAAGGGACGCGAAGAUGAAGCGUGGAUAUUUAACAAUUAAUUAAAAAUAACAAAGAAACCUCACCAUUUUGAGGUGUUCUUCAACUUUGACGCUUUCUCAGAAGUGGAAACUUGCUCGUGGGAAUCAAUGCGGUUUCAGUCGGAAGGACGUGCGGUCCGAAACUCACCUCAACGUUGAUACGUCCUGGGAGUGAUGCACUGGCUUCCCCUGGUUGCCAUGGUGAUUGCCUCGGCCCUGAUCUUCCCUUACUGUCCCGGUCUGCCCAGGCUCGUUGCAGCGACAAUGGAGCCUGGCAACAACUCCAGCACCAGAUCACUGGUAAAUCCAAUCCCCAAAUCCAACGACUCAUCUCAUGCGGAAUACAUGUCAAGUGCUAAAAAAUCAGCGGAAAAAUUACCUCACCAGACAGCAGAUGUUCGUGUUCGGAGCGACACAACGAUUAAAGGCACACCUUCGUUAACGAAGGAGGACUUUUCACCUGAAAAGACGAGACAAUAUGAAAAGGCAAAGCCAGGCAGUAUGGACCACAUGCUGCAAAGUUCAAGCAAAGUUCAAGAACGCCACAAAUUCCAGGAGAAGCACAUACAUAGGAACUCAAAUGAUGAUCAUUUUCAGAAAAAUCACAAGGUAGGACCUCAUAUUGAUGGAGACGAGACUAGUGACAAUGGUCUAAAAAGGAAAACUGAGCAGGUGUCUGUGAAACGAUUGACUUUUACACAGAACCCAAGGAACCUGCACAUUGCAGAUGGACCUACAAAGAAGGAGGAUCUGAAAGACAUGGGCAGAGAGGGAAUGAAGGGAACCUCAUUGCCCACAAUGCCCGCAUUGCCCCCUGAGCGCCUGGGAUUAAGUCUAGAGGGACACUUGCAGGUGGAUGAUGAACUUUUGCUGCUGGAUACACACCCUCGAGUGCUGUUUUCCACUUCCCCUUCACCUCCCAAACAUCCACCUUUGCAGAUAAUGCUGGAAUUGGGGCUCAUGCCCGAGCAACUAGAAGAACAUGAAAUGGACGACAAGGAAUCAAAGUUGGAUAAGAGCGAAGAUGGGGAACCCUACAAGAACCUCCUGUUGGAUUUAUCAGACUCUUCAGAGCAAGAAACACAAUCGCUGCGGCGUAUAAAGCGCCAAAUCCCACACACAGGCUUCGAGCGGUCAGUUUGUGAGGCCACAAGUGGAUGGGUGAUGGAUCGGCGAACAGCAUUUGAUGCGUACAUGCAGAAUGUCACAGUACUGGACAAAUUUCCCACCAGGAAGGGCAUGAUGAGGCAGUACUUUUAUGAGACACGAUGUCGUGGACCGGAUCACCGCGGAGUGCCAGCUGGUGAGCAUGGACUGGCCGGAGCUGGCUGCCUUGGCGUGGAUAAGCGCCACUGGGUGAGCGAGUGUCAGACCAAGCAGUCAUACGUGAGAGCGUUCACAUCGGACAACGCCAGGGGAACAGGAUGGAGGUGGAUCCGCAUCGACACGUCCUGCGUCUGCGUGUUGUACUCGAGGGCACAAAAGAAGGGAUUAACCACACGUCAGGGGAUGAGAUGAGUGUGAGAUGGGUGAAAAAAUAAUUGCCUGGUUAUGGUCUUGUUAUCAGGGUCAAGUGCCUUAUAGCCCGUCACACUGACUGUAGCUCAUCGCACUCAUCACUGCAUAGAUAUCACCAAAAGAGCAGAUUUUUGGGAGAUAUUUGGGUUCAUUCUCAGAACAGCAGUCGCACUGACAUGCUAGUGUGUGGUACACGUACAAGUGCAUAAGUUGUAGCAGGGUCGUUAUUAUUUUUAGGGGGGUUAAAUUAACUUUAAGGAAUCAAACCCCCCUUAAGUGCUGAUUUAUUAAACACAGUAUAAGAUGGAGGACAAUAAACACACACUCUACAGUGGGAUUUGGUCUUAAUCAUAAUGACCAACAAACUAGUGGUGUGUAAUUAUGUAUUAACACAUAUACAGACACACUACCACAGUGGGAACCUUAUACGCAAUCUUGCACAAGAGCACGUUAUUUGUGUUUUUGUUUUAAGUUUUUCAAUCUUUGUUCUUGUUGGUAUUUUGCAGACGUCAAGUACAAAACUCUCGCUGUAUACUGUACUUUAAUGUGAAUCAGGUGAGAAAAUUAUCAUGAAAACAGAAUGUUGUUUCAAUAAUAUUUGCCAUUUUAUCGUAAAGACUGAAAAGACUUUAAAAACGCAGCAGUUUCUCUCAAUGACCAUGCUGCUCACUGCUCACUGUCGUUCAUCCACAUCAGGAAGGAAUUAAAAGCUAUAAUAUUUAAUUGAAUUCAGCUUCAACUUUUGUGUUUUAACAAGGCUGUUUUCAUAAAUUUCUUUAUCUCCUAAUACGCCACAUGAUUGUCACAUGCUCCUGCGCAUUGUUGCGUUUACGGUCCCCACUAUGCCACUGUACAUGAUUACCAAUAGACUUACCUCCACAGUGCAGCUUUGUUUUGCAUGUGUACCUAAAGCAGCGUUCACACCAUGGCAGACAUUUGACUCUUUGCUGAAAUCUGUUGCUCUACGCUGAUCUUUAGUUUUCUGUCUUUUGGUUUUUCUGUCAUGGUUUCAGUUGCAGCCCUGAGGUAGUGUAAUACUGACACAUGUUAGCUGGAGGAAACAUAAAACAAGGGUUCUGCUAAAAAUGAAAAUCAGAAAGCAAUUAACUUGUGCGUAAAAUGCACCACAUCAGUCUAUAAUAUAAGAAUUAAUCUAAAAUCUUUUGGUCAAAUUCUUUGUUUGGUUAUAUUAAAAGCAGAAAGGGUUUGAUGUAUCAAAAUACUAGAAUGGAGACAUCCCCAGCAAUGUUUAGUUUUUUUGAUAAAUCAGAAUCUUAUUGACUGACUGGGAGUGUACCGAAUUUUAACACUAGGGUCCAGGAAUUGGGUCUACUACCAAGAGUACAAAAUCAAUGAUUAAAUCGAUGAGUCAGUUUUCCUUAAAGAACACACAUAAAUUAUUUAGUUAAAUUAUAUAAUAUAAAAUGGUAAGUAUGCUUAAAUUGCCAAAUGCCUUAAAAUUAAACUUAGUCCCCUACAUACGAACUUUUGAAGUUUGCACAUGUUUAGUUGCAGAAGUUAGAUCACAUGUCCGGCAAACAUUGUCACAUGCGUCCAACAUGCAUUCCCAGCGAGUCUAGUACAAGCCCAGAAUGUCUGGAACCACACUUAAAAGCGUAAAUAUACUGAGUUUAGCCCAUUGUGUUAGUAUCCUAGUACCUAGACAAUGUUUGUUGGUCUUACACACAAAUUUGACUUAUGAAUGAGCUCUCAGAAAGAAACUCGUUUGUAUGUAGGGGAAUUACUGUGUAUCACAACUUUUGCAGAAAACUUAAACCGCUUGCAUCUUCUGAAUUUUUUUAAGAAUAUCUCUUCCUCUUGCUUUAGUUUUUUUUUCUUACGCAUGGUAGAAAGGUGUUAUACUGCCAGCUACUGGACAGGAGUGUGAAACAGAAGAUAAAAGGAGGCAGGAUAAAAAGAUCACUAGUUACUAGUCUGUAAUCCUUCAAAUUUAAAAGAAAUAUAGCUUCUUGAGACAAAUAAAACAUUAGUGCUGUUAAAUCAAAUUUAAUAAAAAUUGCAAUGCCCAAAAUCAAAUUGAAUAAAAUCAACAUUCUUCCUAUGAUUCACAGCUCUGUAGAACAGAGCUACUGUCUUUUUUUUUUUUAUUCUAACCAAACUUGCAAAUAAUUCACUUCUAUCGCACAGGAAGCUGCGCUGCCUGCUAAUGUGUGAUUAGUUUAGCGCAGCACCUUUAGGAUUAUAGAG